UGCAACCCAGAUCUUUUGAGACAAUGGGUGAUAAACAUGCGUCGGGACAGAUGGAUGCCAACAGCCAGGUCUCUUUCAUGUUCCAAGCACUUCACACAAGAGAGCUUCCAUAGGUUUGGACUACGUGUUCAGCUCAUUGAUUCUGCUGUGCCAACAAUCUUUGACAUACAUGUACCUCAUCAUCUAAAAAAGAAAUUUCCUGCUGUCCGUGUUUCUGCACCACCUUUGAAGGAACCAGAUGUUCAUUCUAGUCCACUGCCACAGCAAAGUACAUCAGCUGAUCCUCUGGCUGAGCACAGUUAUGCUACAAUGGAUUCGCCACGGAAAUUGACGCGCAGGUUAAACCUGUCCGAAGACAGACUGGAAAAAUGCAGAAAGAAACUAAAAGUAGUCCAUCAACGAACACGCCGUUUGAAACGAAAGGUAGAGACCCUGAAUGGUGUCGUCGAUGAGCUACGGAAUUAUCAGCUGAUUUCUACAAAUUGUGCAGCCUUACCUGAAGGGACUGUAGACGGCAUACCCAAAGAAGUGAUGAAUAGAAUCAUUGGCCCGAAUUCACGAAAAACCUAG